AUGGCGACUCCGGCCCCUGCCGCGUCUGCUCAGCCUCCGGUGGCCAUUGUCACAAUCGGCAUGGCCGGCUCAGGCAAAACGACAUUCAUGCAACGGAUCACCAAUCACCUACACACGACCGGCCGCAAACCCUACACACUGAAUCUCGAUCCUGCCGUGAACCGCGUGCCUUUUGCGCCCAACAUCGACAUCCGCGACAGCAUCAACUACCGAGAAGUCAUGAAGCAGUACAAUCUUGGUCCCAACGGUGGCAUUCUCACAUCCCUCAACCUUUUCGCAACCAAGAUCGACCAGAUUAUAAAUCUGCUCGAGAAGCGGGCGCAGCCGUCCCCUGACAGCACCUCGGCCCCUCCAAAACACAUCCUCGUCGAUACGCCGGGCCAAAUCGAAGUGUUCGUGUGGUCGGCCAGUGGCAGCAUCCUCCUCGAAUCGCUGGCCAGCAGCUUCCCAACGGUGAUAGCAUACGUGAUUGACACACCCCGCACGAGCUCUACCAGCACGUUCAUGAGCAACAUGCUGUAUGCAUGCAGCAUUCUAUACAAGACCAAACUGCCAAUGAUCCUGGUCUUCAAUAAAACAGACGUGCAGGAUGCGGCCUUCGCGAAGGAGUGGAUGACGGACUUCGAAAAAUUCCAGGAAGCACUGCAUACCGAGGAGGAGAAGGGCGUCUUUGGCGGCGAAGGUCACGGAGGUAGCGGAUACAUGUCCUCGCUGCUGAACUCGAUGAGCCUCAUGCUCGAGGAAUUUUACGCGCAUCUGAGCAUGGUGGGCGUCAGCGCCAUGACGGGCGACGGCAUCGAGGAGUUCUUCGAGGCUGUGGAGCAGAAGCGCGAGGAGUUCAACAGGGACUAUAAGCCGGAGUUGGAGCGGAGGCGGAGGGAGCGCGAGCAGCAGAGCCAGGAGCAGAAACAGCGCGAUCUCACGCGAUUCAUGAGCGACAUGAGCGUUGAUGCUGCUGCGAAGAAGAAGGCAGCGGAGGAGGAUGAGGGGGAAGCUGAUGAGGACGAUGAAGAUAUGGAUCCAGAGGACUACCCGGAUGCGGAAAGGGACGACCCGGAAACCAGUCUUCGCAAACGGUACGAGAAGGCGCUGCGGGAGGGACGGAUCGAGGAUGGCGGCGGAGAUCAAGGCAUGGCGAACGCGUUGCGGAGGGUGGGCUAG